AUGCGCCAUCAGAUACGAAUUCCCAUCAUGAUGCAAGCUAUGGCCAUAGUCUCCGCCCUUCACAUCAUCUCCGAAGCCAAAGCCUCGCAUCAUCUCUUUGAAGUCGGAAAUCAGGAAAUGUUCAGCUCGUUUAAUUCAUUUGGCUGUGUUAAUGUUGUUCAAAUGAAGGAAAAAGUCGGAAAUCAGGAAAUGUUCAGCUCGUUUAAUUCAUUUGGCUGUGUUAAUGUUGUUCAAAUGAAGGAAAAAGUCGGAAAUCAGGAAAUGUUCAGCUCGUUUAAUUCAUUUGGCUGUGUUAAUGUUGUUCAAAUGAAGGAAAAAGUCGGAAAUCAGGAAAUGUUCAGCUCGUUCAAUUCAUUUGGCUGUGUUAAUGUUGUUCAAAUGAAGGGAAAAAAAGCUUCAGAGAUCAGACACAAGGACCAAACGGACUCAGACGCCGGACUCCCUUACACAGCCUCUGCAGCGCCAGCGCAGGAAGCAUCGGCCCGACUCCCUCCUCACACACAGCCUUCCGUGUCCCUUCCCAAGGGGCUGCGCUGCCGCAUUGACCUCCGCGGGCCUCCCAGUCCUGCUCAGACCUCGCCCUCGAGUGCGCGGGAGAGUAAAGUGUCGUGUCACACAGGCGUGUUCCCUGCGGCCGAGGGCACGGGCGAGCCCUAUGGCAUCAACCGGAAGGUGGUGGAGGGCGCGGCGCGGGCGGGGGCGUCCGCUGGCAACCCUGCACCCUCACCGCGUCAGUUGGACGGAGUUCCUGUGCCUGCUCUAAACCAGGUGGUGGCUGGGGACCCCCCGGGGGGAGAGGUGGCCGACGUCUUUGAGGCCCCGGGGGAAGGUAACGGCACCGCGCGUGCCCCUGGCCCAGGUGCCGCCGGGGGGCCGUCCGGUGACCCCGCGGGCGCUCGCUUGAGGGGAACCGGGGUCAAGGGGUCCGCGUCUAUCCCUGAGUGCAACAAAGGCCAGGGACAACUGCGCUUCGAGAAGAUCACUGGCACGGCGCUGGCGAGAAGCCCCCUGGACAACGACGUGAUCCGCGACACCAAGAUCCCAGCCAACGUCGCCGCCGUCUGCGCAACGCGAUGCCUGAAGGACAACACGGCUCAGCAGCAACUCAGCAACGGCUGCACGGCCUUCGACUUCAUCCCCGGCGUCAGCAUAGACUACUACAACUCGAAGAACAUUACGUUUCAGGAGAGCAAGUGCUUCCUGACGCGCCAGGCGGACCCGAACGUCCAGCCCAAGUACGAGGACCGGCGAGGCACGUCGCACUUCAGGGAGGUCUGCUACUCCGCCUCCACCGUGAGGAGCGAGUGUCCGACGCGCAUGUACGUGAUGGAGCGGGUGAGGAACCACCACUUCGUGCCCGACAACUCAGGCCGCGACUUCAAGUUCCAGACGAGCGAGGACUGCCAGAACAGCUGCCUUAACCAGUACGCAGACGAGAACCAAGCCAGCACCUUCGUCUGCCGCUCAGCCACCUACGACAAGACGACCGGAGACUGCUUUCACUCGCAGUACACGAGGCGUACCCACACGGAUAAAUUUGUGCCCAACGCAAACUUCGAUUAUUACGAGAAUACCUGUCUUUCAGCUGACCGCCGCUGCCCCAAGAACAAGCUGACCUUCAUGAUGGAGAAGAACAAGGAGCUGCGCGGCGCCCACAUCACGGAGGUCCACUUCGGCGUGUCCGAGCAGGAGUGCAAAGAGAAGUGCCUGGACAGCGUCUUCAUAUUCUGCCGAAGGUUGGAAUACACGGAAGAGAGCAAGAAGUGCGUGAUCAUUGACGAGGACUCCGUCAGUCAAGAUUAUGCGCUCACGGACACGAGUUCGAACGCAACCUAUUACGAACUCUUCUGCAUCGACGGAGCCAAAGUCAAGGGCGAUUACCUCUUCGAUAGCAAGGAGGACGUGACGGAGCAGCUCAACGAGAGGAGGUACACGGAGGUCCGCACGGCCUUCCAGCUCUACCGCAACAGGCGCCUUCAGCUCAAGCCAGGCUUCCGCGGCUCCAGAGCCCGCGAGGUCAACCGCGUGACCUUGGCCGAGUGCCUGGACGAGUGCCUGGAGGAGAGGUCCUUCACCUGCCGCUCCGUCUCCUACUCGGACCGCUACCAGAGCUGCGAGCUCUCCGAGUACGACAAACUCAGCGGGAACCUCGAGUACGACAACGACUUCCACUACUUCGAGAACCUCAUGGGAACGAAACACGCCGUUGACAUUUCAGGAAGCAACCUGGGGGGAUCCUCAUCUUCAGGAGGAGGAAACUAUGGUGGCGGAUACUCGGGUUCGGGAUCCUCACGUUGUUUCGAGGUCAUAGGAACUCGCCAGCGACUGCGAAGGACCUACAUAAGAGACUAUCUGACGGUCAGCAGUGUGGACGAAUGUAAGCGGAGGUGUGAGCAGACACAUUCCUACUACUGCAAGAGUUUCAACUUCAGAUACGCCACCUCCUGGGACAACUGCGAACUCUCCGACGAGGACACGAUAGGCUAUCUCUCGCUGAACAACCCGUCGCACUUCGAGAGCGACAGCACCUCUGAUUACUACGAACGCACGUCCAACUGUGGCUCGGACUAUGGCAAGACUCCGGACGGCCUGGACGUUCAGCAAGUGUGCUCGCCCGACGGGAUGGAGUUCACCCUCAGGACGGAGGAGCCCUUCCGCGGCCGCAUCUACACCUACGGCUACUACGACCGCUGCUUCGCCCGCGGCUCCGGCUCCAGCAUCACCGUGCUCAAGAUCUCCGGCCCCAGGGGAUUCCCCGACUGCGGCACCACCAGGUUCGGCGAGACGACGACCAACAUCGUGGUGGUCCAGUUCUCGGACAACGUGCAGACGUCGCUGGACAAGCGCUACAACCUCACCUGCACCGUCGUCGGCCCCAGCGAGUCCGUGGUCACUUCCGGUUACAUCGGCGCAGGGUCCGGCGCCCCCACGCCCAUCGAGUACCUUCCCGCCGAGAACCAGCUGCAGUCGCGCGUCAAGCUGCAGAUCCUGUACGGCGGGCGGCCCACCACCACCAUCGCCGUCGGGGACCCGCUCACCUUCCGCCUCGAGUCCCAGCGCGGCUUCAACCUCGUGUCGGACAUCUUUGCCACCAACGUCAUGGCCAAGGACCCCUACUCGGGCCGCACCGUCAACCUCAUCGACAGCCGAGGCUGCCCCGUCGACAACUACGUGUUCCCGUCCCUGGGCAAGGCGCGUGACGGCGACGGGCUCGAGGCCAGGUUCAACGCCUUCAAGAUCCCCGAGUCGAACUUCUUGAUCUUCGAAGCCACAGUCAGGAAUUGCCGCGGGGGAUGCGUGCCGGCCCGCUGCACCCUCGGCAACGGGCGCGAGGAGACGGAGUCCUACGGCCGAAGGCGUCGAGACGCUGGCGACGAUCCCUCGGCGCUGGCGCUGACCGACGGCGUGGAGGACGAGGAUGAGGAGGACCCCGACGAGGAGGAGCAGGUCCAUGGCAUCUACGAGGUCUACCUCUCUCGCGACGAGAUCGACGACUCCGUGCCGCUGGCUCUGCUGGACGAGGUGUGUCUCGCGGCGUCCGAGUACUACAGCCUGGUGGCGGGGCUCGUCAUCACCAUCAGCGGCCUCGUCGCCUCCCUGCUCGCCAUCGUCUACUGCGUCAGGAAGCACCGCCAGCUGGACAGCAAGAACGCCGCCGCCGACGCGGGGAACCCCUACCACAGCCAGCCCCAGCAGAAGAGCAAAUUCAACUUCCCUGGCAGCCACGCCCGCACCCUCACGCAGCCCGCCAGGCAGGUCUACUUCCCCGCCAGCGAAGCCACUGCCUCGGCUCCUCAGGGCGAGGACGGUGCAGCGACGUCGUCCAGGUACCCCGACCCCUCCGAGCCCAUCUACACCGAUCCCUCCCUCUUCGAGCGUUCUGGCGCAUUGCAGGUCGAGGUCCCUCCGGUCUAUCGCCCUUUCGGAGAUGCCAGCUCGCCGACGUCAUGCUGAUGGCGAGGAGUAGGGAGAGCUGACAGCAGGGAGAGGUGCUGCUGACGACUGACAAAGAGAUGAGACAGACGUUUUGGUGAAGAAAUGUUGAUGGCGAGAAUGAACAUACGAGGAAGCAGCACCGUGGAACGGACGAGCGAGAGGAAGAUGGAGAACGAGAUUAAAAAAAAAAAAACAUGUAAAAAACCGAGUCCAACGUACACGACUGAAUGUCGACAGGAGGAAGUCGUUGAUGUCAAAGAAUCAGUGUCAUAAACUUUCACUUUCUGUAUAAACAAAUGUAAGAAACUGCCGAGGCGGAAUCCAGCGUCUUGAGAAGCGAGCGGCGCGCACCUGCCGCGCGGGCACCUAGUCCUGACAAGUGUACGUGGCGCACGUGGCCUCGACCGGAGCCGUCCUGCCGUCCACUCCGCUUCCGCCUUCGGGAAAGAAAGGAAAUGAAUGGCAGGCAUCGGGAGCAAGGGCCGGUAGUGCGCCUUCGUUGAAGCGGUAUCCAUUAUUUUUUUAGUUUGUGUAUUGAAUUAAAAAGAAAACGGAUGAGACAAAUGCCACAAACAUCAUUCCUUAGAAAUAGUAUUAUGUAACUUUAAGGCCCAAAGCCAAAGAGGAAGUACCGCUGGUUCCUUAGGCUGCGUCCGAAUCGCAAGAUGACCUUCCCCACAAAGCCAACAUCUAGAUACAUUACUGCAGCCAUUCGGACGCCCCCUGACGUCACCAGCGGCCUUCGGCGUCGAUGUCAUCAAACUGACUUCCCUUUCGCACGUCGCUCCCGAUUCAGAGUCUGUUGCUUCAUUGAGUGCGAUUCAGAGGUUGGUUUCGCCCUUUUUCUCAGUAGGAAUGUCUUCGUUGAUGAGACUGCUUCGCCUGACUGCGAAAGGGAAGUGCCGUUGUGACGUCAUCGAUUUUAGGAUUAAGGACGAGUGUUCUGGAGCUUUAUAAAUCUCACGCUUUAUCA